AUGUCGACCAUCGUUGCCCAGUCUCAUUUCAUCUUCGGUCUGAGGACAGGUGUGAGCAAUAACUUGUGUUUCUUCGACGAGCACACUGUCGUUUUCCCCAGCGGAAACAGCUGCGUGUGCUUCAACGUCGCCCAAAGAUGUCAGAGGAUCAUUCCAGGCUCGGAGAAAAGCCGGGGCAUGCGCGCGCUGGCCAUCAGCCCCAACCGGCGUUACCUGGCGGUGUCGGAGUGCGGCGAGACGGCCACCGUCACCGUGUUCGACCUGCAGCACGAGCAGGGCCGGAAGAGGAAAGUUCUGACCGCGGGAGACGCGGUCGCGUCGGACUUUAUAUGCGUGGCGUUCUCCCCCGAUUCCAAGUACCUGGUCGGCCAGACGGGGGGCCCGGAGUGGAUGCUGAUCUUGUGGCUUUGGGAGAAACAGAAGGUCCUGGCAACGGUGAGGACCAGCAGCGACCCAAACAACUCCGUUACCCAGGUCAGCUUCAGCCCGUACAGCAACACGCAGCUGUGCGUGAGCGGGCGCGGCGUGUUCAAGCUGCUGCGCUACUCGGAGGGGUCCCUGAAGCAGAGCGGCGCCCCCAAGGUGGAGUCCGUGGACAUCCUGUGUCACACCUGGGCGUCCGGGGAGCGGGCGAUCGCUGGAACGGACAACGGCAGGCUGCUGGUGUUCGAGUCCGGAGACCUGCGAGGAGAGAUCAACGUGGCUUCCACCGCCGUGCAGCUGCAUUCUGACAGGCAAAUGCAGAUUAAGAAGAUCAGAGGCAGUGACGUGGAAGAAGGUCCUCGCAUCACAGCCAUUCUGUCUUACUCCAAGGGCUUCGCGUGCUCUUUGGGACCCGGCGCCGUCUGUCUCUUUGAGAAGACCGAGGAGGACGGUUAUAGAAGGAGCAGGGAGAUGCGGAUCCCACCAGACCCAUGCAGCAAUGAGCUGACCUCGGCGGAAUGCCAGGAGAUCGACACCAUGUGCAUCAGUCCAGCAGAGGAGACUCUGGCCAUCAGCACCGACAGAGGACAGCUGUACAGCUUCAGCCUCUCCUCUGUGCAGAGCCACACGGUAGUAGGCAUCUUAUAA